AACGGCGACGGCGGCUCGGGAGGCCGGCGGGCCCGGGCGGCGGCGGCAUGCCGCGGGACAACAUGACCACGCUAAUCCAACGUAUUGCCCGCCAGGCGCGGCUGACCUUCCGCCGGGGCGGCGGCGGGGGCGGGGCUCCCGAGGCCGCCUUCCCCGAAAACCUGCAGCAGCUGCAGCAGCUGCUAAGCCAGCUCCGCGCCGAAGACCUAAACAUCAGCCCCCGGCGAGCCGCGCUGCCCUCGCCCCCGCCGGCACGGCCGCCGCACCUGCCUCCCGUCACCUACAUGCACAUCUGCGAGACCGCCGAGUUCAGCCUAGGCGUGUUUCUGCUCAAGAGCGGCACGUCCAUCCCGCUGCACGACCACCCAGGCAUGCACGGCGUUCUCAAGGUGCUCUACGGCACGCUGCGCAUAAGCUGUCUGGAUCCUCUGCCGCCGGGGGAGCCGGGGGAGGGGCAGCCUCCGCAGCAGCAGGGCACCCCCAGCGCAGCCGCCGCCGCCGCCGCCGCCUCGGCCUCGCCCUGCUUCGACCCCCCGCUGCGGCCCUGCCAGCGUGCCGUAGUGCGACGGGCCCUGCUGCGCUCCCGCGCCGAGUACACCGAAGGCAGCGCGCCCUGUCUGCUCAGCCCUCACCGCGACAACCUGCACCAGAUCGACGCUGUAGACGGGCCCGCCGCCUUCCUGGACAUCCUCGCUCCUCCCUACGACCCCGACGACGGCAGGGACUGCCACUACUACCGGGUGCUGGAGCCCCCCGCGCCGACCGGGCCCCCCAACGCCGGCCCCGCCGCUCCACUGCCGGUGCCCCGGGAGGUGUGGCUGCUCGAGACGCCCCAGGCGGCAGACUUCUGGUGCGAGAGCGAGCCCUAUCCGGGACCCAAGGUCACGCCGUGAGCCCCCCGGACCCCGUCCCGGGGGGAGGGGCGGGGGGAGGAUCCCCGGAGCUUCCAUCCACAAGCCAUAAAGACUCUUCUUCCUGCAGCUCCUCCGAGGAUUCGUCUCCAGUAACUUGUUUAUGCCCCUUUGUGUGUGUGGCUGCGACCCGGUCCGAGUGCAGGAGCCCUCCGAUCGGGGCUAGGAGGGAAUGCUGCGGCUACCUGCUGUCCGGCCCAAGGUGCAAGUUCAUCUGCUGCUGCCAGAGUAAAGAGGCGGGGGUGAAACCAAAACUAUGCACGCCCUGUACCGCGGAGGGCUCUCGGCGCCAGUCUGCGGACCUGACGGCCCAGGAACGGAGUGGGGAGCCCGGCUCCGGAGCUACACCCGCUCGGUCCGAUUGUAAAAGAUAUGACUCGGAUCGUUCCCCAUCUCCAGACCCGUCGGAGGACAUGGAUGGGCUGCAUUUCUUAUGCUUCCAGGCAGUUGAAUGUAAAUGCCACCGAGCCUACAGUUAAAUUCCACAUCCCCCACUUCCAACAAUUUCCUGCCAAAGCCGAGAAAAUUAAUAUGGUGACAAAUGGUUCGCUUUCCCUCCAAGACUUGUAAUCAAGUGAUCUAAUGUGUCGGAGCACUGGGCUUCCAGCUGGGCUGCUGAUGGGUUCGGUUAUCGGUGCCAGGAGCUCUCCAAGGCAGAAUGGUUAGGAGGAGACCUAGCUCCCACUGCCCCAGAGCCUGGGGAGCUGUCCCCGGUGGUGUGCAGGGUGCAGAUGAGACAGGUUGGAGAAACAGAGUAGAGGACAGUUUGUCAUUGAAGGCACUGAAGUGUUGGACCAAAACCUCCCCAGCCCCCUGUUAACUAACAGUCACUAUCUGGGGUUAGGGGGUUUGGGCCGGUUUAUUGUGGUAUUUUUUUUUUUACUAGGCUACUGAGCAACUUCACUUUGUAUACAGAUGUUUGAGACAAUUUGCUUCAGACUUAUGGAGCCCUAUUGUUUCUCUCUUUAUACUAUUUAUAGAAUUUGCUUUUUCAUAAAACUUUUAAUAAAAAAUGAGUUGUAGAAAUAAACUCCUUAAAAUUUGCCCAGCUGUCGUGUAAGAAAUUUUGAUUGACUUGCCCAUGUGGGGAUGUGUGAGUUCCAACCUUUCUAAUAAGGGAAAAUAUUUUGCAGUUGGUGAAAGAUGUUCAUCCUGCAGUAAAACUAUGUGCCUAUACCUCCUUAUGCACACUGGGUAACAGAGGCCCCAGUACAGGGGAUCUCUUGAUUCUUUGCUUUUACAGAAGAAUAAAUUCCACAAGAGAUCCUUUUACUUUUUUUCUGUAAAUGCCUGCUGAAUUUAUGACAUGCCACUGUUGUGGUACUCAUAAACACACAUCCCCAUGUCUUCUUUUCCAUGUGUAUUAACGAAAUGUGGGGGGCGGGGGAAGGUAGGGUUAUAUUCAGAUCUUUUAAUUGUAGUCUGAUAUCCUAGUGUGUGAUUUAAUAAGACCUUUAGACAAUUCGGGGCAGCUCUUUACCUAGCUCAGAAAGUUCAACUAUUAAAUACAAUAAAUGCUAUAUAUGCAACCCAAUUUACUUACAAGAGCAUUAAUAUAAAAUGUGUUCAUUUUUUUCCGAGCACAGUGAUGAAUGUAUUGUGGUAUGGUUAUGGCAUACCUACUUUUGGAAAUAAAUUGUAGAAUAGAAGCAAUUAACUUCGAUAAAGCGUUAGUUGUCAUUUAUGUAAAGGUUUACAGUAAUACAGCUUAUUCUGUCAAACUGACUUUUGCUAACUCAUUCUGCAGUGGGACACUAAUGAUGGCAAGUUCUACCUUACUCUUCAGAAUUCCAUUCAGAAACCGAAUACUAAGGUUCUCAGACAAGCAGCAGCUUUUGGAAAAGCUUGUGGUGCUUUUCAAAAGUUUCCUUAAAAUUCUCAUUGACCAGAAAAGAAACCACCUCCCUCGUUUUGGGUUUUCAGCAGAUUAUUGUUCUGCCCUUGGGUUCUCUGAGCAGUGUGUUAAAGGAGUGGUCAACAGUGAUGACAACAAAAUGCACCUUUUCUGUCUAGAGCAUGCUAGGACUUGAGCAGGCCAUUGAGGAAGAUAAUCCCUCGCUCAUGGAAGACUUCAGGACCAGGCAGCAAAGAGGGCCAAAGGACUCAGCUGGCACCUUGAUGCACUUAACUGACUCCAGAUGCUGCUAUUUCGUGCUCCCUCCAGCACAUGGACUGUUUACCAACCAGAGAGAUGGCUUAAUGUGGUAUUGUGGACUACACCCACCCCUAAGAAUAUAGGGUGUUUUCUUGUUCAUUAAAAUAUAAGAGACGAGCACACUGAAAUAAAUCAUUAAACAUUUUUCUGUUUAAUUCAAAAACGCAAUAAUUUCCUCUUAUGGGUGAGAAAUAUUCAAUAUAAAUGUCUCUAAUGCUUUCCCCCCCUUUGAGUAGUAACUUUUUAAUAAGCAUGCUUUGCAUGGAUUAAAAUGUGCCUGAGAUGCUGUUUAUUAAUGAAAGUGCCAGUGUAGUUAAGUAAAAUGCAUGUUCUCAAGUCCACCUGUUUAAACCUUCUUCUACAUUGGUUUUCCUUAAAGCUGCCUCAGCCAUGUCAGCUUUGGAAUAAUGUAGCCCUUGCUGACCCAUUCCCAAUGGUUCUAUAACAUGUACUAGUUUUGCUGCCCAGAGGAGAAGCAAUACAUGUUUGAUUUAGAACCUUUUAGCCUGGGGUGUUCCACUGUGAUCAAACAGCAGAAGGGUGAUACAACUCCACUUGAAUGAGGCACAAGAACUUGGAGAUUCCAGCCAUUUCAAGGAGCAGGUAACAGAGUGAUUGAUUAUUUAGAAUACACUGAGGAAUCUGAUGGCAAACAAAAGUACUGUUUGCUGAGCCCAGUGUAGAUGCUGCUGUUUCUGAUAGGACUUUGGAGUUUCUGGAUUUAAGUGUUAGUAUAAAUAUUCACUGUAUCUUUUGGAAAACAGAGAUGUAAAAAUGUUUGACUUGUACAUUUUAAUUGCUUAUUAAAGAUUGCCUAGACCAAG